GUGCGAAAAAGGGUGCCACUCCGAGAAAUCGACGGAAUAAGAAAAUGGAUGACGACACCAGCGGGAGCGAUGGCGAGGGCGGUCGGAAUUUCUGAUCAGUCGGAGACAUGAUUGCACUUGUGAGGGCGAAAAGGGAUCAAGAUUUGUAUAUCGCCGAGCUGGGGCACAGUUUGGCCUGCAUGAAGACCAGGGAAUGGAAGUGGGAGGACGUGCGGGCGAGGUUGCAGACGAUGGGCGUCACUAGGAAGGUCAUCGACUGUGGGAAGAAAUGGGGCAACUUGAUGCAGCAAUUCAGGAAGGUUUACAAGUUUCAGAACCUCUCCGACGGGAAUGACUACUUUCAGCUUUCUUCAUCGGCCAGACGAUCGGAGGGCUUCAAAUUCGUCAUGGACCGGAGCGUGUAUGACGAAAUGGAGGCCAUGACGAAGGGGGAUUACACGAUCCACCCAAAGAAUUUGGCGAACACGGGGGUGGCAAGGGGGGUUCAGAUGCCGGCAGGCGCGGGGGCUGGAGAGGAAUCCAUGGCCAGUGAGGGGGGAGGGGAGGCACCCGACGAGGAGCAGGGGUCGACAAAAGAUCUGACAUUCAGCGCGGGGAGCGCCGACGAUUCAGGGAAGAGGAAGAACAUGCGGCAACAAACCUUGGAGGCCACCAUCGAGGUCAUGGGUAAGCACGGUGCGCUCAUGGCGAGCACGAUGGAAGGCGCGAGCAAGUGGCAAUGCUCUAUGAUGUCACGGCAGUGCGAAAUUCUGGAGAGCGAAGUGGAAGUGCGGAGAAAAUACUAUGUUGUGUCGGAUGAGGCGAACAAAAUGAUGGGCGUGAAAGGGGUCGGUGACAUAUCCCCAAGGCGAAGAGGCUUCGUUCGGAAGAAGCAUCAGGAUGUGCCUCCUCGACGAGCGCAGACUUGGGCGACAGCUGACGAAGGCGACGACGAUGACGUCUUGGCGACGGAGGAAGAAGCACCAGAGAACACCGUGUCCGCACUUCGGGGGAGUGGUUGCCAACGGUCAUCAGAUCAGAGUGUUGCAAGGAGAUUGUUGACGCCUCCUCCGAGGGCGCAUCACGUGCGUGCCCGCGAUACCCUGAAGGCGAAGGAGGUUAUUGUCAACGUCGGCGGUGAGGAUGACGAGCCCUUGCAAAGAUGUCGGCAGCGCAAUGUCACACAAGGCGCCAUGACUGUGGCAGUCAGGGUAGGAGAAGCGACCGACGAAAGGCCACCUCUGGGUGGGCUGCCCUCCACACCGUCUCAGUCGUAAACUCCAGGCAAUGUGGCACCCGUGGCGAGAGUGAGAGAGGAGCUUCCAGUUGUGGAGCGGGAGCUGGCUCGUGGCGGGAAGAAAGGUGAUCGGGAGGACGACGACCCCCUUUUAAGCCGGGUACGAAGGGGAGGCAUGGCGAAAGACCUGGUCGAUCGUGCCCGACUGUGGGUUGAUGACAAAGCAUUAUGGACAACGGCGGAGGGGCGAAGACUGUACAACAUCAUCCACGAAACGCGGGAGUACUUUGUCACCAUCGCCAGCGGUCAGCAAGCGUCUGUCAUCCCCCGGAGCGUCGUUAUGCCAAAAUCCUCCACGAGUAUAACAAGGAUUGUCGAUCGCGCACAACUGCAGCAGGCGAUCUCCUGUGCGGCGGUAGUGGAGAAUAUUGAUUCGUGCGUCUUGCACGGCUGGGUCUUCAAGUUCGGGAACCACCUCCGAGGAUACAAUCUCGCUUUCCAGUGCGCGCUGGAGUCGGUGGCCACGGACAUUGCGCGUGCUAUGUGGUACGCCGAGGAGUGGAGCAACAUCGUGAGUGUGGUCAUUUGCGCGCACACAAUUGACCUGUCCAUGGACUUGCCACUGUGGUUCACGGGCGCGAACAUCGAGGACAGGCCGGAGAACGAUGACAUGGCGGCGUACCAGGAGUCCACUGUCAUAUGCAUUGCGCAUGCAUUCUGCAUCGCGGUGCAAAUGGGUGCGAACAUCGACGGCGACUUCAUCUCACAUGACCGUCUGUCAAGGGUUGUUGAUUGCUUCAGGCUUAUGUUCGCGGGCAACAUGUGGUUGAGGCACAUUAAGGGAGACGAUCUGCCACUACGAAGCCUUCCACUUCGCGAAGCUGGCCGUGAAGCCCACGCUCGUCGCUUCCAUGCAUCGCUCUUUCGACCAUCGACGAUUCGUCAUCCGAGCCACAAACGUCGUCACUUAGAGGCUAGGGAAGGCGAACGCCACCUUGGGAGAGCACCCGAAGUACAUCCCGGACUAGGCAUCAUGCGGCAUUGUCUUCGGGCACGACGCUAGCAUAGGGGCCGGAGGACGCGAAGAGGCUGGAUUGGUUGGGUUUGGGCUCUUUGGAGAAGGACAACGAAGACGAUGGAAAAGACGAUGCGUAGAGGAGAGGGGGGGGGGGCAGUUUUCCCAAUGUCACCCAAAAAAACGUGUUUGAUUAUGAUUUCAACAGUCGAAGAAAGACAAUGCGCAUAACCCCAUAGAGCAGACGAUGUCCAAGAACACAUGUUGCGAACAUGUUAUGGCACAGUGCAUCUUCGUUUGUCUUGAUCAUCGCAAUGAAAUAGCAACACAAAG